AGGAAUGAUAUUUAUUCUUGUACAAUGCCCGCCCCAAAGCCACUCACAGCGCCAAAACAAGACAGUGUGGUAUGGGCAGUAGGCACUGCAGGGGGAAGGGGCAUAAAAUCUCAUGUUGGGAGACCACAUACAGUAGGCUGGCUACCAAGAGAAGGCAGGCAAAAGGAGGGUGGAUGGUGGGGUGGCAAGAUCUUCCCAAAAGCAAUCACGGAGGAAGGAUGGGCAUUUGAAGGAGAUGCCUGACAACAAGAAAGGACAAGGGACGCAAAAAGUGUUAGAUACUGCUAAUGUGGGUAGUGAUAUGGGAGCUGGGGUAUAGGUUGGGCAGGAUAGGCAAAGUUGUGGAGAAUAAGUGGGCAUCUUUUAAGAUACAGGAUGCUGGUCCCAGCUCAGACAAAGGGAAUGUAGUUUAUGAGAUCUGCAUGGUACGGGUAUUGGGAGAAGAAGUGUGAGGGCCAGGACACCUCAAGCAAUCCCAGUUGAGGAAGGAAAUUUAAACUGGGCAGCAGGGUAACAAAGGAAAAGACUGGAAAAGUUAUGCCUGCAAGACUACGUGGCUUUCAGUAAACAGAUUGAAUGAAUCCAAUUUACAUCUAACAAACCAACAACUAAUCGGUACUGAUCCGAAUAGUCCCACACACACCAAUUCCUUCUUAUCAGCUUCUGCCCCGUUCUGCCUAGUUGUGGUAUUCAGAACCAGAGGAUUCCAGGUUUAUCUGGAGCAGGGCGUGUGCCCUGCACCUCACAGCCCUUCAGGUGGGGGGCAUCCAUCCGCUUCCCUUCUCCCUGCCCCUCUGGUCUUCAGUUCCAUUCCAUGGGGGUGGAUGGCAUGUAUGAGAAGAGCAGAAUGCUGAACAUACAGAACAGUACAUGGGGCGGUCGCCAAGAGUGGUAUCAAGACAGUUUGGUGGCAGGACCACCCAACCCUGAUAGUUGCCAGCAACUAGAAAGUGGCCUGGAUCCUGAACACCCACAAGGUGCAAGCAGCCAAGAUCUAGAUGAGUCCCAAAUCCGUUUGCAGCUAAAACGCAAAUUGCAAAGGAACCGGACAUCUUUUACCCAGGAACAGAUAGAAGCACUGGAGAAAGAGUUUGAGCGUACUCAUUAUCCUGAUGUCUUUGCCCGAGAACGCUUGGCAGCAAAAAUUGAUCUCCCAGAGGCCCGGAUCCAGGUCUGGUUCUCCAAUCGCCGAGCCAAGUGGCGUCGGGAGGAGAAACUGCGGAAUCAGAGGCGUCAAGCAGGGGGGACUGGGGGACACCUGACCAUAAACAGCAGUUUUGGCACUGGAGGAAGCACUGUCUAUCAGUCCCUCCCUCAGCCUACAGGGUCAGGCACUAUGUUGGGCCGUACUGAAAGUGCCCUCAGCAACAACUAUGGUGCCCUUCCACCUUUACCUACCUUCUCCAUGGCAAACAGCCUUCCCAUCCAGCAGCAGGCAGUGCCCCCUGUUGCCAGCCAGACAUCGUCUUAUUCCUGUAUGCUCCCUGGAAGUUCGUCAGUGCGAAGCUACGAUUCAUACACGCCCUCCCAGCUCUCUUCACAUAACCUGAGCCCAAGCAAUGGAGCCUCUACUGGGUUAAUCUCUCCAGGAGUGUCUGUUCCUGUACAAGUCCCCGGUGGGGAUCCUGAUCUUUCCCAGUAUUGGCCAAGAUUACAGUGAGGAGGGAAGUGGAGGACAGAAACAGAAGGCCUAAAGGAAGUGGGAGAGUAAUAAAAAGGAAGGAGCUUUUCCUCCUAGGGGAAAAAUGAACGGGUCACAACAUGGGAGGGAACAGUAGAGCGGAAAGCUUGCCUUCCUCCCCAACUCUGUAUAUUCUGUGUUAGAGCCUUCACCCUUCUCUCAUUGUGUGCACAUGUGUGCCAUGGGGGAGCAGGGGACAGCUCCUCUGUUGUCUGUCCUUUCCCCAUUAUAUAUAAUGUCCCAUGGCUUUUUUCUUUCCUUCUUUCCACCCUGGCUCCUAAAAGGGGCAGUGAGAACCAGGAAAAAAAUCUAUCAGAAGUACAAUAGCAAGGAAAAAAAGAAAAGAAAACCAACCUCCUGGGCAUCUCUAAAGGAUUGUGGGAAUCAACAUCUAUUCGGGAAGCUGAUGCAAAUGACAAAGAACGAAAUGAAAUUGGAACCUUGAAUGCUAAAGCAAAUACUUAGUGGCCACCAAAUUGGAAUCUAGUGGGAGUGAAAAUCUACAAAAGACUGCCUGAGGAAAAUGAAGCACAUUUCCCUUUCAAACUAUUUUUUUGCAAAGUAUUGUGGGAGGUAAAUAUCACCACAACCAUUUGAAAGUUAGUGAAAAUCAUUGUGGGAAACAAAGUACUAACCCUCCCCUGUUUUUGCCCUCCUAGAAUACCGUGGGAUAUAUGUUAAAAGGCCUCUGGGCCCUCUUGAAGUUUUGGGAGGGUUGCUAGUGUUACUUCCUGGGUGUGUGGUGUUCAGUGGCUCUUCCUCUUGCAAAGAUCAUCCUUUAAACCCCUCCAUGUAUAUCUGUUCACUUUGCCUCACUCUAGCCUAUCUUUUCUUUCCUGCAUGGAAUUCACUUAGCUGGGUUUGCACACAAACCCUGGAGGGCUUGUGAUCUUUGACCUACACAAAAGGCCCACACAGACACACACACGCUUGUAGAUUCAAACUGUUUUCACCUGUGUUAAUAAAGAACCUGUGUAAAUAACAUUGUGUGAGCAUUAACACUGUAUGAGUGUGCGCAAUGCAUUUAUGCUACAUCAGCUCUGGCCAAGGUGAGACAAUCAGAGAAUCCAAGAAAAGAGAGUGAUCGAGGUAGCAGCUCCAACAAAAGAGUGGAAAGUAUGGGGGAAAUUCUGGUUGUUGCGUAGAGAGACAGAAACCUGUAAAGUGGGGGAAAUUUCCUUAUAAAUGGCUGUGUAUUGAUGUACAGUGAAGUGCAUGAAAGAAAUAGCACACCGUCACAGAUCAAAUGGUAGUAGAUUCAUAACUUAAGCAUCCUGAAUCUGAUGAUGGGUUUGGAUGUUGUGUAUGAACUUCAACAAUGCUGUCCAUUGUGUGCUGCUACUUGGUUGUUGUUAACUGCCCCCGAGUCGAUCCUGACUCAUGGCAAC